AUGGCUGGUUCACAACAGGAGAUGUUGGAAAUAUGGAUGAUGAUGGUUGAUGACCUUGGCAAUCCUACUGAAGAAUUAGAUUCUCUUGCUAAACUUGUGUUGAAUGAAUUGGCUCCAUUGCCACAACAGGAACAUCGUAUUGUCAGUUUUCUACCAUUGAGUCAUAUUGCUGCUCUGAUGGCGGAUAUUAUGUCUCCUAUUGUCAUUGGUCAUUGUGUUUACUUUGCUAAACCUAAUGCUUUUAAAGGCAGUCUUAAAGAGACUCUACUGUUUUCAGGAGGUGCUUAUUUGCCCACUGCAGUGAGUGACUUCUUUGCUGACUUCAAUAUUCCUCUAUAUCAGUUAUAUGGUUUGUCUGAAACAGCAGCAGCGGGUUGUCAAAACACACUAGACUUCUAUUGGACAUCCAUUUAUGGUGGUGAGGUUAGAAUUGAUAGUCCUGGACCAAAUGGUGAUGGAGAAAUAUGUCUUCGUGGACGUCAUGUGUUUAUGGGAUAUCUUAAUGAUGAAGAGAAAUCCAAAGCUUGUAUUGAUGAAGAUGGUUGGUUUCACACAGGAGAUAUUGGAAAUAUGGAUGAUGAUGUUUCUGAAGCUAGAACUGAUGAUCUUGUGAAGGACUACAUUCAACAACGCAUGGAACGAGUUAAUGAAGAUGCUAUUAGCAGACCAGCACGAGUUCAGGCUGGUGGUAUUGCUGCUGGUGUCUACUCUACUAACAACCCAGAAACUUGCCAAUAUAUAGCUGAAGUUGUCGUGCUCAAAUGUUUUUUUGAUAUGCCUGAUUUUGAGUUGUCUAGGAGAAUUGAUGCUCAGAAGCCAGGUCAUUGUGCUUCACUUAUUUAUACGUCAGGAACAACUGCCUCUCCCAAAGGAGUGAUGUUGAGUCAUGACAACUUAAUAUGGACUGCUGUUGCAAUGUCCCAUGCUUACAGCGUCAGUGAAGAAUUUCGUAUUGUCAGUUUUCUACCAUUGAGUCAUAUUGCUGCUCAGAUAGUGGACAUUAUGUCUUCUGUUGUCACUGGUCUUUGUGUUUACUUUGCUAAACCUGAUGCACUUAAAGGCAGUCUUAUUGUUACUUUACAGGAAGUUCGACCCAAUUUGGUUGUAUUUGUACCUCGUGUUUGGGAAAAGUUUAAAGAAGCUAUUGAGAUUCAGACAGCUGAAGUAAAAGGAGUUAAAGCAUUUAUCUUGGAAAAAUCAAAAGGUUCUGGAGCUGCUCCUUUGCCUACUCCAGUGAGUGACUUCUUUGCUAACUUUGAUAUUCCUAUAUAUCAGGCAUAUGAUAAAUUCAAACAGACUUCUAUUGGGCAUCCACUUAUGGGUAGUGAGGUUAGAAUUGAUAGUCCUGGACCUAAUGGUGACGGAGAAAUAUGUCUUCGUGGACGUCAUGUGUUUAUGGGAUAUCUUAAUGAUGAAGAGAAAUAAGCUUGUAUUGAUGAAGAUGGUUGUUUUCACACAGGAGAUAUUGGAAAUAUGGAUGAUGAUGGGUUUUAUUAUAUCACUGGACGUUCUAAGGAUCUGAUAAUUACUAAAGCAGGAGAAAAUAUUGCACCAGUACCUAUUGAAAAUCGUAUGUUAAAGAUGAUGCAACUUCUAAGUCAUGUGAUGGUUAUAGGAGAUGAGCAACGUUACCUCACUAUGUUUGUAACCAUCAAAUGUAAGUUUGAUGACCUUGGCAAUCCUACUGAAGAAUUAGAUUCUCUUGCUAAAUUUGUUUUGAAUGAAAUGGCUCCAAUGCCACAACAGUUUUCUGAGGCUAGGACUGAUAAUCUUGUGAAGGAUUACAUUCAACAUGGCAUGGAACGAGCUAAUGAAGAUGCUAUUAGCAGACCAGCACGAGUUCAGAAAUUUCGUAUUCUACCUUGUGACUUCAGUGUUAAUGGUGGUGAACUUACUCCUAUCAAAGUUAAGCGAAAGAUAGUUGUGGAGAAAUAUCAUGAUUAUGUCACUGAGAUGUAUGCUGAUGAUUCAUUACCUAUCUUAAUAAACUGGACACUUUUGCUAAUAUUGAUGCUAUGA